UUCAGACCUACAGCCGUCCUCACCGUCCUGAAGAGACCCACGCCGCCGGUUCCUCCGCCCCGGAGCACUCCGUCCAGAGCCGAGGAGAUCCCGCUGAUGCAGAACGGAGCGCCCAGCAGAGACUCUGCGAAGAGCCUCGGCGAGAGCCGCUGUCCUCAGACCACGAGAGAGCGAGUGCGCUUCAGCGAGAAGGUGCAGUAUCACGGCUACUGCCCAGACUGUGACAUGAUCAGCACAGAGCUGCACUUACACACCGAGCUGAUCGACGCCAAACACAGUCCCGUCCAUCAGUGCUCCAAGAACGGCGGCCUCGCUUUCCCCUCGCAGAAACCACACAAGACCAUUUUACGCAAGUCCACCAGCACCACCGUUUGACGCAGACCGAGGCUGAACGAACUUCUCUUUAUAGUUUCCUUUUGUUUGGAGAGGAGAAGACAGAAGGAGAGUGUUGAACGGUAAGAGCUUUCAGAAUCAGGAGGCG